AUCUGUUUAUUAUACACGACAAGGAAGUAAAGAAAUGACUCGUCGGCUGGAAACGAUCGAUGGUUUUAUCGUAGUUUAGACCAUUAUAGGGUCACUGUAUAUCCUUCGUGAACCUUAAAAUGGCUGAAGGUCGACACCCUCCGGAACUGGACAUACACUUACUGGAAUGUCCUAUCUGUCUGGAGCGACUUCAAAAACCAAAGUCCUUACCCUGUCUCCACUGCUUCUGUCAGGAAUGCCUCGGGACCUACAUCACCAAGGAGUUGUCAGGGAGGAUGGCGUCAGAAACAUCCUUCCCUUGUCCUGUCUGUAGGAGGAUGACACCGCCUGUCAAUCCUGUGGAAUCUAAGGAUAAGUGGGCAGAACAGUUCCCGACUAACGCUGUGAUCCAGGAUCUCAUUCAGCUCAAGGAACGAUCGCCUGAACCACUGUACUGUAAACCCUGUCAGAAAAAAGGUAACAUGACCAACCCCGCGAAAUUCAUGUGUAAGGACAUGGAUUUGAAUUUCUGCGAUGAUUGUAAGGUGCAACACCACGAUGUUUUGCACAAUGAAUGUGGUAUCUUAGAUAUCAGUGGAUACAACCGAACAAAUCUUGAAAAGUCAGCCCCUCGAUGUGACCAACACCAUAAGAAGAAGGUUUGGUAUUGUGAGGACCAUAAACUCUUAGGAUGCCAGAUAUGCGUUUUCAAAGAUCACAGGCGUUGUGAAGUGGUGACAACAGCGAUAGACUAUUUUCAGAAACUUAAUGAUGAAUCUUACCUGGCAGACAUGCAGGACAUGUUGAAGAAAAAUACGGAGGUCAUGGACGUAAUAUUGAAGGACUUUGACGAACAACUUCAAACUCUGGUACAGAACCAGAAAGUCGCACUACAGAGUAUCACCGAUCUACGUCAAAAGGUCGAUAAACGGCUAAACACGCUACAGAAGGACGUCACAGACAAGUUGAUCACGUCGUUCAAAGAAGAGAGGAGAAACAUGGAGACGUCAUUACGGCAGUGUGAACGUCUGAUGAAUAGUAUGCUGAAUACCAUGAAGUCGUCCGUUACCGCCGUAGAGGGAAAUGACCACAUUGAGACGAUAGUGUUGUACCAGAGAGGGCAGGCAGAGGUACAGUCGUGUAAGGCCCUGAUAACGGAGAUGAGAAAGUCGUACAGGUCCGUCAGAAUCAAGCAUCGUGUUACAAACGAACACGGGAAUCUUGAUGACGACGCAAUGGGAAAGAUCAUAAUCGAGAAACAACCACGACAUUUCCCUGGCAACCAUUGUGAUCUAGAACCACCCUUGUUAGAACGCGAAGUGAAGGAAAUCGGAAAGUUCAACAUAAAGAUUCCGUCAGAUAAAAACAAUUGCUGUGCCUGUGGUGUUGUGUACCUUCAAUGUGAUCAAAUAGUGGUAAGUGAUUUCGAUAACAAUACGCUGAAGCUGUUUACAGACAAAGGACAAUUCCUGGACGAGUUGACCAUUCGAGGAAAUCCCAAUGAUCUGUGUCUGGUGGACAACAACACUGUGGCGGUCGCUGUCUCCAGUCCUGGUGGUAUACGUGUCGUGAAAGUCGAGGCAUCAAAACUCUCCCUGUCGUCUGAGAUCAGGAUACCAAACGGUAGGAACUGCUAUGGUAUAGCACAUACAGACGGGAGGUUUAUCGUGGGUACAGACGGAGGAGGAGUGUAUAGUGUAACACAGGACGGCGUGGCUGACUUGUUACAUCAGUAUAACAGUACCUGUUACUCACUCACACAGGACCCAGUAAAGGGAGACACACUCGUCAGUUUCAUUAGCCAUAACAAGGGAGACGUCGCGGUGUCCAGACUGUCGGCUGACAAACGUCACACGGAGGUGAUGAAGGUCGGCGUCGUGAGUUGUGCCGUGGGAACAGAUGAAGACAGGGAGGGAAACAUCUACGUUUGUGGUAAUAAUUCAAAUAACAUCGUACAAUUGUCUGGCAACGGGACACACGCCAGGGAACUGCUGACGUCAUCGGACGGUAUGGUGAAUCCAUGGGCAAUAUCUGUAAAUGGUGACAAAUUCGUUGUCACUAGACAUAAAACUUACGCGUUCCCUUGUAGAGAGGAUAAUUACAUCCGGGUCUUUCAACUCUACUAGUGUGUUGUGUCUCGAAAUAUGUCUUUACUGCUCCAAUCGGCAUCACCAUCAACAAACAGCGAUACCUGCUAAAUAUAUUUCCCUGUUGGUUCAAUACAUGUUUUAAUGACGUCAUCAGACAGAGAAAAGCGUAUGUAUUGGCAAUAGCUGUAAGUGACGAUCUACUCGUGAUUUAAUAUAAUACGUUAUAUAUAAACAAACUUGUUAGUUUUCAUUCAUACCAAAAUGACGAAUCUGUAUCCUAAUUACCGUGAUGCUUGGUUUGUUUGGUUUGUUUGUAUUUAAAAUCCUAUGAACAGCCAAGGUCAUUUAAGGACUUGCCAUGUUUUGGAGGUGGAGGAAAGCCGGAGUAC